GAUCAGACCGGCGAGAUGUAUGUGGAUGUGGUUUGGGUCGCUGUGACUCUGCUGUCCUUCCCCGUGUUGGCGCUAUGCGACCCGCUAAACGUCAUGAUUGCGCCGAACCUGCUGCGUGUGGGCACCCCUGAGAAAGUGUUUGUCGAGGUGCAGGACCAGGUCGGAAAUGGCAACGUACCCGUAAAGAUUAGCGUGAAGAACUACCCGCGCAAGAUCAGAGAACUGGCUUCGGUAUCGGUGGUCCUGACUCAGGCGAACAACUACCAGGAACUUGUAUCCAUCAAGAUUCCCGACGACAAGGACUUCUUCACCGACGACCCCCUGGAGAAGCAGUACGUCUACGUGCUGGCUGAGUUUCCCUCCAGCCAGCUCGAGAAGGUGGUCAUGGUGUCCUUCCAGUCCGGCUACAUAUUCAUCCAGACGGACAAGAGCAUCUACACCCCCAACACCGACGUUAAAUACAGACUCUUCUCGUUGACUCCUGACCUGCAGCCCAUCCAGAAGAGUCUAGCUCUGAUUGAAAUCCUAAAUAAUCAAGGAAUCCCGAUACACUCGGAAACCAAAUCCAUCGAAGAAACGACAACCGGAAUGUUUAAAAUCCCUGAGGUUGCCAGUCCGGGGAUCUGGUCUGUGGUAGCGCGGUACAAGAACACCCCACAGAAGAACUUCACUGCCGAGUUCGAGGUUAAAGAAUACGUUCUACCAAGCUUUGAGGUGACCCUGACUCCAUCCAAGUCCUUCUUCUACGUGGAUGAUGGAGAACUCGAAGUGACGAUAAAUGCCAGGUACCUGUUCGGAGAGAACGUCGAGGGAGUCGCCUACGUGGUGUUUGGAGUGAUCCAGGAUGGUGCGAAGAUCAGUCUGCCAGCUGCAUUGAGCAGGGUGUUGAUACACAAAGGAGAGGGGAAAGCAACACUGACCAGAGAGAUGAUCCAGCAGACCUUUGACAUCAAUACACUGGUUGGCGACUCUUUGUACAUAUCGGUCAGCGUUUUAACACAAAGUGGUAGUGAAAUGGUGGAAGGACAGAAGAACGGCAUUCCCAUUGUGACAUCACCCUACACCAUACACUUCAAACACACCCCCCAGUACUUCAAACCCGGAAUGUCUUUUGAUGUCAUGGUUUACGUGACCAAUCCGGACCAGACGCCCGCCAAACAUGUGGAUGUGGUGGUCAGUCCCGGAGAAGUGAGGGGCCGGACUAAAAGUAACGGCAUAGCCAAGGUCGUGAUAAACACCCUUCCGGGAAUAUCGACCUUCACCAUCACUGCGAAGACGGACGACCCGGACAUAUUGAAGACGAGACAGGCCCAGAGCCAGAUGACCGCCAGGGCCUACGCCACUAAAGGCGGUUCCAGCAAUUACAUUCACAUAAGUAUAGACAAAACGGAGCUGCAAGUUAACGAUCCGAUGACCUUCAAUCUGCAGUUCGGCCAGAGCAAGGUCAAGAAACAGGACUUCACUUACCUGCUCCUCAGUAAAGGUCAGAUCAUUAUGGUGGAGAGGUUCAAGGGAGAGGGGCAGUCGCUGAUCUCCAAAUCAAUCGUCGUGACCAAGGACCUGGUCCCGUCCUUCCGACUGGUGGCGUACUACCACGUGGGAGCCGACGAGGUGGUGGCCGACUCCACCUGGGUCGACGUGAUGGACACAUGCAUGGGAACGCUGAAGUUAACAGUGAAGGACAAGAACCAAAAGCCAAGUUCGAAUUUCGAGCCAAGCGAAGAGUUUAAGCUCGAUGUGACCGGCGAUCCGGGUGCCAAGGUCGGCCUGGUGGCCGUGGACAAGGCCGUUUUCGUGCUGAACAAAAACAGACUCACUCAGACCAAGGUCUGGGACAUCAUUGAGAAGCACGACACUGGAUGCACGGUCGGGAGCGGUAAAGACAGCAUGGGAGUUUUCUUUGACGCAGGGCUGAUGUUCGAGUCCGAUAAAGCAGGAGGAACCCAGUCGAGAACAGAUCUCAAGUGUCCGAGCCCACCGAAGAGGAAACGGAGAGCCCAGAGUCUUCUUCAGAUGACCCAAACCCUGAGUGGAAAAUACAGUGGCGAGAUAAAGAAGUGCUGUAUAGACGGAAUGAAACAGAACAAGCUAGGCUACUCGUGUGAACAGAGGGCUACGUACAUCACGGAUGGCGCCGAGUGUGUCCAGGCCUUCCUGCAGUGCUGCAAGGAGAUGGAGAAGAACAAGAAAAAACAAGAAAACACAGAGCUGAUGCUAGCACGAACCGAGGAAGACGACGACGACUUCCUAAGCGAAGAUGAAAUCACCACCAGGACGCAGUUUCCCGAGAGCUGGCUCUGGGAGGACAUAACCCUGCCAACCUGCAAAGGCAAAUGCGAGACAACGAGUUUAACCAUGAACAAAAACUACAUGAAGGACUCCAUCACUACCUGGCAGUUAUUGGCCAUCAGUCUGUCCAAGACCCACAGCAUCUGCGUGGCUGAUCCUCUCGAAGUGGUGGUCUCCAAGAGUUUCUUUGUGGAUCUUAGGCUACCAUACUCUGCGGUGCGCAAUGAGCAGAUCGAAAUUAAAGCCAUUCUGCACAACUACUCCAGGAAAAAACAAAGGGUGAAAGUGAACUUCCUCGAGACGCCAAACAUUUGCAGUGGGGCCAGCAAGAAGGGCAAGUACACUACCAUAGUUUAUGUCGACUCCAUGUCUACCAGAGCUGUCCCGUACGUGAUCAUUCCCAUGGAGAUCGAUGAAUUUACUAUAGAGGUACAGGCGAUGACUCCAGAAUUCGUCGAUGGAGUAAGGAAGACUCUGAAAGUGGUGGCUGAAGGCGAACUGGUUGAGAAGGUGGUGCUAAACGAGGAGCUCAAUCCCUCAAAAGCUGCCGGUGGCAUUCAGCGCGUGGAGGUGAGAGGUUCCGAACCAGAUGGGAGGAUUCCAAAAACGCCUGCUAACACAUACAUCAUUGUGUCCGGUCAGGAGAUAAGUCAGACGAUUGAGCAAGCUAUCAGCGGAGACUUCAUGGGCCGUCUGAUCGUGCAGCCCCACGGCUGCGGCGAACAGAACAUGAUCUUCAUGACGCUGCCUCUUAUCGCUACGCACUACCUGGACAGCACCAAUCAGUGGGAGUUUGUUGGCAUGCAGCGCCGCAGUGAAGCUGUCAAACACAUCAAGACAGGUUAUGAUCAAGAGCUGGCUUACCGUAAGCCGGACGGAUCCUAUGGCGCGUGGAUUCACCACCCCAGCAGCACAUGGUUGACGGCGUACGUGGCUAAAGUCUUUGCGUUGGCCAGUGACAUCAUUGCCGUACAAGAUGACGUCCUCUGCAGCGCCCUAAAGUGGCUGAUUCUAAUUGGACAAAUGCCGGACGGCAUGUUUAAAGACAGCGCCCCGGUGAUCCACGGCGAGAUGGUCGGUGACGUGCGGGGUAAGGACGCUGACGCAUCCCUGACGGCUUUUGUCCUCAUAGCCAUGCAGGAAGGGAGCAGCCUCUGUGAGAAGUCAGUUGCUAGUCUUCCCGGAAGUAUGAAAAAGGCUACUGACUAUUUGGAAAGGAGACUUCCUACUCUGACCAAUCCGUACGCCAUCGCCAUGACUUCCUAUGCCAUGGCCAAUGCGGGCAAGUUCAACAGAGACCUUCUGAUGCGGCAUUCUUCUGAAGACGGUACUUACUGGAGAGUUGCUGGACAGCCUCACUUCUCCCUGGAGGCUACAGCCUAUGCCCUCCUGGCGCUGGUCAGGGCAAAAGAUUUCGAAGGUGCAGGAAAGGCUGUGAAGUGGCUUAACAGGCAAAGUACUCACUACGGAGGCUCCGGUACCACCCAGGCAACCAUCAUGGUCUUCCAAGCUGUGGCUGAGUACUAUAAGAAAGCGAGAUCGUCUCAGAAUGUGGACUUGAACGUGGAAGUGUUCGUCAGCGAACGCAGCAAACCCACCAAAUGGAGCAUCACCAGGAGCGACAUGCACCUUACGCGCUCGGACAAGGUUUCGCUUAAGGAUAACUUUAACCUUACCGCUCAGGGAUCCGGCAUGGGAUUUAUUAAGGUGGUGACGCUCUACUACGCAAGACCUCUGGACAACCCAGGAGACUGCAAAGCCUUUGACCUCUCUGUUAGGAUGGAGAAACAACCUUUAGAAAAAGAGGAAGAAAAGUACCUGGUGACCAUUGAGUUUGUGUACAAAAAGGAACGAAGGGACGCCACUAUGUCUAUUCUGGACAUCGGUUUGCUGACAGGAUUUGUGGUGGAUAAAGAGGACCUCAAACUUCUAACCACCGGCAAGGACAAGUACGUUCAGAAGCUUGAGAUGGACAAGCAGCUUUCAGAAAAAGGCUCCCUCAUCCUUUAUUUAGAUAAGGUCAGUCAUAAAAUGCAAGAACGGAUUGUUUUCAGCAUGACCAGAGAGACUAAAGUCAGUUAUCUUCAACCCGCCGCGGUCUCUCUCUACGAGUACUACUCUCCAGAACGCUGUGUGAAGUACUACCAUCCAGAGAAGAUAGAUGGCGCCCUGAGCAGACUGUGCGCUGACCAGGAGGGCUUGUGCCAGUGUGCUGAGGAAAACUGCAGCUACCAGAAGAAAAAUAAAAUCAAUGAUGACGAGCGGGAGACGAAAGCUUGCGAGGCUGGGAUGGAUUAUGUGUAUAAAGUGCAAGUAAUGGGUAUAAACAACACGGCGUUCACCAGCUUCUAUUACAUGAAGAUCCUGGAGGUCCUGAAGGAAGGUUCCGACGCUAAUGUGCGCGGUCAGGUGCGGCGUUUCAUAGGUAACACCAACUGCAUCGAGUCUUUCGGAUUCGAGGAAGGAAAGACCUACCUCAUCAUGGGAAGGAGCGACGACCUGCCGAUGGUCGACAGAAAGUUGCAGUACAUCCUGGGCGAGCAGACCUGGAUCGAAUACUGGCCAACCAGGCAGGAGGGUCAAAUCCCGGAGUACGAAGACAGAUACGUGGGGAUCAGUUCGCUGGCUCAGACUCUCACCGACUUUGGAUGCACCUCAUAAACUCUGCGGAUUUACGUCUUUAUUAUUGUUUUUUUGUUUGUUUUUAUUGUUGUUCACUGAUCACCAAGAAGCUUCCUUUUGAAAUGUAAGAGCUGUCGGAUGUAAAACUGAUAUAAAACAAAGCAAUAAAUCAACUAAACCACCGUC